GGUUCGCAGUCUGUGUUGACAUCAUGUAUUUACUCUUACUUUGCAUUCAGUGGAAGAGUGACUCCCUCCUCUCCCGGCUAACCCUGUUCCAUAUAUUUUAGACUUAUGACAGGAGAACAGUAGAGAAGCCUGUAUAGAUGAGAACCUGGACAUGGUGAAGUUCCUUGUAGAGAACGGAGCCAAUGUGAACCAGCAGGAUAACGAGGGCUGGACCCCUCUCCACGCCGUGGCGUCCUGUGGCUACCUGAACAUAGCAGAGUAUUUAAUUAGUCACGGAGCCAACGUGGCCGCUGUGAACAGCGAGGGUGAAGUCCCGUCUGACAUCGCAGAGGAAGCGGCCAUGAAGGACCUGCUCCUGGAGCAAGUGAAGAAACAAGGUGUAGACCUAGACCUGGCAAGAAAAGAAGAGGAGCAGCAGAUGCUGCAGGAUGCCCGGCAGUGGCUGAACAGCGGGAGAAUUGAAGAUAUAAAGCAGCCCCGAACAGGAGCCACCGCUCUGCACGUCGCUGCAGCAAAGGGCUAUUCGGAAGUCAUGAGGCUCCUGAUCCAGGCUGGGUUCAAUCUGAACGUGCAGGACAAGGACGGCUGGACGCCGCUGCACGCCGCCGCGCACUGGGGGGUGAAGGAGGCCUGCUCCAUCCUGGCCGAGGCGCUCUGUGACAUGGACGUCAGGAACAAGCUGGGCCAAACGCCGUUCGACGUGGCUGACGAGGGGCUGGUGGAGCAUUUAGAGAUGCUGCAGAAGAAACAGACUGUGUUGCGAAGUGAGAAGGAGACGAGGAAUAAGCUAAUUGAAGCCGACAUGAACGGCAAGCCUCAGAGCAGGCUCUUCACCAACAAAGAGAAGAUUCUUUAUGAGGAAGACACGCUGAAGUCCAUGGAGACGGAGGAGGAGAACAAGGACUCCAGCAGUUCCAGCUCUGAAGAAGAGGAAGAAGCUGAAGAAGACGAAGUUUCAGAGUCAGAUGCUGAAAAAGAAUCAGAAAGGAAGGAAGAGCCCUUUGCCAACCACUCCAGCCAUGACAGCAGGCCUAGCAUCACUGAGCAAAUGCCACCACCCGAGCCCAACUCCUUCACUGCAUCUGCCAGAAGAUUCAGUUGGCUCAGCAAGUCAGACGAGCAGAAGGAUGAGUCCCCGUCCUCGUGGCGGCUGGGGCUGCGGAAGACUGGCAGCCACAACAUGUUGAGUGAAGUCGCUGCUACUCGUGAGGCACAGAGAGAUAAGACUUCUUCCAUCUAUCGCUCUUCGUCAAGUCCUCGGAUAUCUGCGUUGUUAGACAACAAAGAAAAGGAUAAGGACAGCAAGAGCUAUCUUGCCACAAUAGCCCCCAGGAGACUGAGCAGUACGAGCGAUAUAGAAGAGAAAGAAAACAGAGAGUCGGCCGUUAACCUCGUGCGGAGCGGCUCCUACACCCGCCAGCCCUGGAGGGAUGAAUCCAAGGCAAACGAAGCUCCUCAUUCUGGUGCACCCACCACCUACGUCUCUACCUACUUGAAAAGUGCUUCAUUUGGUAGAAGUAGUGACCUCAGCAGUCCCUACAUUUCAGCCAGUCGCACUCCAUCUCUAGCUACCUCACCCACCGCCCUGGGCACCCCGUGGCAACCCGUCCCCGCCUGCCCCACACCUCUGGGUGCGAACACCACGGCGCCAGCCCGCCAGCACACCAGAGCCCCUUUCAGGCAACAAACUGAUUCUGCUGUAGAGAAAAAUACAGAGGGCAUCUCUGCUAGCACCCCCCUAGGUGUAAUCACAAACCGUGCUGUACUCGGCUCCGCUAACGGUAUUGCCAAUGCCGGUGCUGCCUCAACCGCAGGAAAGGACUUCUCAGCUGAGGAAGCCAGGGAGCGCAGAAGGUCGUAUCUGACUCCAGUGCGGGAUGAGGAAGCGGAAUCGCUGAGGAAGGCACGAUCCAGGCAGGCCCGGCAGACUCGCAGGUCUACACAGGGUGUGACGCUGACAGACCUUCAGGAGGCCGAGCGGACCUUCAGCCGGUCCCGGGCAGAGCGACAGGCCCAGGAGCAGCCGAGUGAGAAGGCCGAGAGCACGGAGCCCCCCGGGGACGGCGGCGAGAGGCCCGAGAGCCGCCCCCGCUGGAGCAGAAAUACAGAGGAGGAGAGUGUCUAUCGGCGAUUAAGGUGCCCAGUACAACCAGACAAACCUACGACACCAGUAUCUCCCUCGACGUCAGCACCUCUCCUUUACACCAGCUCAUACCUGUCUCGAACAAAUAAGUACCUGGGUCUUGACUCCGUGAAUCCGACAGAUUUCAGAGGUGCAGCCACAGAGAUGGAGAAAAAUGAGUGUGAAGAUCAGGAUUUAGACGACAGAUCUCUGAACAAACAGUCAAUCCGAGAGAGGCGGCGGCCGAAAGAGAGACGAAGAGGCACCGGCAUCAUUUUCUCGACAAAAGAUGAUGAUGAUGAAGUUGAUGGAAAUGAGGAGGUGAAGGAAACUCGGCAUGAAAGACUUUCCAGGUUGGAAGCAGCGACGAACCCCACCAGCAGUGAGUCCUCCUACGGUGAUCGUGCCUCCAGCCGCUCCAGUGCCUACACCCGCAGAGAGAACCGGUUAGCCGCCCUCAGCAGCAGGGCAGAAGAGGAGAGUAACAGGGACUAUAAAAAAUUAUAUGAAAGUGCCCUGUCUGAAAAUCAAAAGCUGAAGUCAAAACUGCAGGAAGCCCAGCUGGAGUUGGCCGACAUCAAAUCAAAGCUGGAAAAAGCAGCCCAGCAGAAACAGGAGAAAACUUCUGACCGGUCCAGCAUGCUGGAGAUGGAGAAAAGGGAGAAGCGAGCCCUGGAGCGGAAACUCUCUGAAAUGGAAGAGGAGAUGAAGUCUGCAGCCCGAGCUAAGCCGCUGUCGUUCUCUUCGGAUGGAUUUUGACAGAGCUGAAGUCGGACAACCAAAGGCUGAAGGACGAGAACGGAGCCCUCAUUCGUGUCAUCAGCAAGCUCUCCAAAUAGGAAGCCUGAGCAGAGGCAGGACAAAGAGGGGAGCCCUCCACAAGCUGCCAACCCCACCACCAAGCCCUACCCCGCUUUCCUCCUGUCAAGUACAGCAAGCGUUUCAGCCAUGGGAUCAAUCUGUCACACCUGCCCUGCCCUGCCCUUUGCUGUACAGUCCCCUCCUGCCCUCAUUUCCCUCACAACACACCCCCCCUGCCAUUUUAUUAUUUUUAAUUUAAGCAUGUGUGGUGUCUCGGACAUUUUGUUCAAGGGAGAAGAAAAACGUGAGGACUGGGUUUGAGCUGCCAAAUCUACUUCUUCCAGAAGCCCAGUAUUUGGUGUUGGACUCUGAUCUAGAGUAGGAAGCUCCUACUUUAAAAAGCGAUGCUUUAGGAACUAAUCCAGCACAUCCAGGCCCUUUCCAGGUGGAAUGUGAACAUGGGCUGGGACUCUAAGGAUGGACAUCCCACCCGAGAUGUGGGACUCGGGUUAAAAUGUGAUGCUGUGAAAGCCACCGUGGCUGAUUUCUGUAACAGGCUGACGACAGCUGCUUUGCACAGAGACCUCCUUCUCCUUUUGCCCCAGUAGACCGAGUCUUUUAUUUAAUACAAGAUUUCGAACCUGUUCAGUAACAUCAGCGCUGACUCUCAGCAUCAGACCCCCUUGUCCCUCACCCUGCCUUUCGCCCGCAGCCGGGGGGAUUUGGUGUCACCUUGUGUCCUUCUAAGGCUUCCGUCUCAGUUAGUAGCAUCUGCUAAUUGCAUCUGGACCCUUGCUCCUCGGGACUGGCUGUAUCACAGGUACUUGCCAAGCUUUCUGAAGGACAAGCUCGAGCCCCUCGAGAGCCCCUGCUGCUUUCUGAUGCAGAUGAGCGUGACUCACCUUGCAGGGAGCUGUGCCCACACAGAAACCAGCCUCCUGUCCUGACAGCCAUCGGGGAGAUUUUCCUGCUGCCUUCGUGAGGGCAGAGCCUCGUAGCGGGGUCUGGUCAGGUAUUUCAGGUACCUUGCUUUGAUUUGCAGCAGGAGGAUGCCCAAGUGCAAGGCAGCAGGGCUUGGUUUGUAGAGAGAGGGGAUGCCAGAACCCAAUCCCACCUGGCUGUUGGUGAAGAUGCUUGACACAGCUGGGGUUCAAGGCAGCGGAGCGUGAAGCCGUGAUCACUUGUCCUCCCGUGUACCUUGGGAAUCUGUGGGGGGACAAGGGGCUCCUCUUGGGCGUGCUGGUAACUGCAUCGCUAGGAUGAAAGUCUCUUAAUCUGUCAAAAGCUUGCAAUAAGCCUUGACCUUGAAGGAAACCUCAAAAAACCCCACCGUCUUUAAUGUUAUACGUACUCAGAACAGUUUGAAAUUGUUCUCUCAAUGGGCAUUUAUUCAGGGGCUCCCCUACGUGCUGUGUGGGUUUGAUGGGAGCAGUGACCUGCCAUCAGAUCUGUUGAGCUUCCCCUUAACAGUCUCCUCUCGAAUGAUACUCUCCCUCUCAGAGACUUCUCGCUGCAUCCAAACCCCUUUCCCAUCUACAUCCUUCCACAAUUGUCCUUUCAUUUCCUUUGUCCUUUGACUUCCCUGCUCCAUCCGGCCGGCAGUUACGGUCUCAGUCACUGGACUUGGAGGUUGCCAUGAAGUUCUACCUGCGUUCCCGGGCGCCUCUGCUGCCUGUGGGCUGGUGGCUGCUGCCAGGCUGGUUGGACUCUUCCCACUAUGAGAGAGAGAGAUGAGAUACUUGAACGCGAGCAUCAUUCUUGAGCUUGCUCAACAGGGUAAAAUUUAUCUCUUAUCAGUCAGUCCUGGGCUUUUUGGAACCUUUUGCUGGUGAGUGCUUCAGAAAGUGCGUUUCUUUUCCUCUCCCUUGGUUUUUUUAGUUUGGGGUUUGUUUGGUUUUUCCUAAUUCUCCAUUUUUUUCCCCUUCCCUUUCCUGUCCUGCCUGUUCCCACCUCUUAGAGCUGCCGGUUUGUCCCUGGGUGGCUCUAGACAGAGGUUCCUCUUCCACCACUCCUCAGCCAGCGGAGUUGCUCAUGCCCGGCACGAGAUGCUGUUUCUCCUGGUACACUGGGGCCCUUCCUCUGCUGCUGUGCUUUGGGGAGGAAGAGACCAAAGCUGGUAACGGCAUCAGGGUUUCUGCAGAGCACUGCCUAACCCAGGCAUCCUUUUUGUAUUUCUUUGUUUUAACCCUGUUAUAUUUAACAGCUUUAAGUCUUGAGAUCCAGUCAAUGCUUUUUCUGCACGCCGUUCCCACCUGGUGCACUCUUUAUGUGAGUACUUCUGCGGUUCUUGAUGUUUUUUCUCUUGGUGACCCACUCCUCGCUUCAGACUUGGGCUCUCUCGGCUCCAAACAGGGGUCCGGUCCCCCCUGUGCCGUGUGGAGGAGAAGACCUUCUCCUGCUGGGGCUGCUGGUGGCUGCGCAGCGCUGCCAGGGUCUGUGUCCCGGGGUCUGUGAGAUUUCAGAGCAAAGAUCCAGUUCCUCUCUCGGGGCAGGUUCCUGGCAGCGGGAAGACGCCGGGUGUCUGUUUUAGGCAGAGGGUUCAACCCAACCUGACAAAUCCAUCCUGCCCUGACAUUUUGCCCCUUCCUACCAGGACACUCAUUGCGUUUUACCCUAAGGAACAGUUUGCAAAGGGUGCGGGAGGUUCAGCUCCUCUGCGCGGCACCUUGCAACGCCAAACCACUUUGGAUGAAGUGUCUGCUUAGCACUGGAUUGUCCCCAGCUCUGACCGGGGCAGAGAACCCACCAACAGUUCGGUCUCACCGACUGGCCAAAGCUGUGAGUGUUUCGUGGUGAUGCUGCAAUUGCAAACCGAAAUCUUGGGAAUUAAUAUUUUUUUUUAGUGUCACUUAAUGCCUGACGUAACCGGUGCACUGAGGAGGUGACAGCAGGACACCUUGCGCUCUGUGCCUGGGACAGAGAGCAAACGAGCAGUUUUUAAAACUGAUCCCUGUUUGAACCAGAGCAUUUGCCAGACGUGGUCUCCAUUGGAGAGCACAAGCUUUUUUUUUUUUUAUAAGCAAUUGCUUGGGUUGAAUUCAUUUUUAAUGCUUGGGGUGAACCCACCGAUCGUGGCUGCAAGUUUGAUGAUGGCUCUUUGUAAAUAAACUCCUUGGAGAAGCAGGACUCGCUUACGAGAUGGGGAGAGAAUGUAUUUUUAUGCAACUUUUGAGUGGCCUUUCAAACCCUGAGAUGAAUGAUUUGUUUUACUGGUUGUUGUUAUAUAGUAUUAUAAGUAUUAUGUGUUUGAAAGUUUGGGAAUAAUAUUCACAUCUAUGAUGCUUGUAAACACAACAGUAUUUAUAAAUGAAUAAAAUAAGAGUUGAUAAAAUAGAA